AUGAACUCCCUCAGGAUGAAGCUGGUGUCCCUGCUAUCUCUGCACUCUCAGAACCAGCCAGGUAGAAGACACUCGAGGCCUUGCUCCCAGCGAGGCCCCGCCCCCAAGCGCUCGGUCCCGGGAGCGGCUGCGGGAGCCGCGGCCUCUGAGCUGAGAAGGCGCAACGCGCAGAGAACGCAGCACCGCGGGAACCCCGGGGCAGCGUCCCAGGCUCCCAGGCAGAAGGUCCUGGUGACAGGAGGAGGGGGCUACCUGGGCUUCAGCCUGGGCUCCAGCCUGGCCAAAAGUGGCACUUCUGUCAUUCUUCUCGACCUCCGGAGACCCCAGUGGGAGCUGGCUCCAGGAACCGAGUUCAUCCAGGCAGAUGUCCGAAAUGAAGAAGCCCUCUACCGCGCUUUUGAAGGCGUGGACUGUGUCUUCCAUGUCGCCUCCUAUGGGAUGUCAGGAGCUGAGAAGCUGCAAAAAGAACAGAUUGAAUCUGUAAAUGUUGGAGGCACCAAACUAGUGAUUGAUGUCUGUGUCCGCCGGCGCGUCCCAAGGCUCGUCUACACUAGCACCGUCAACGUGGCGUUCGGCGGGAAGCCCAUCGAACAGGGUGACGAGGACUCCGUGCCAUAUUUCCCGCUGGAAAAGCACAUGGACCACUAUUCCCGAACCAAAGCCAUCGCUGACCAGCUGACCCUGAUGGCCAAUGGAACACCUCUUUCGGGAGGAGGCACUUUGCGGACAUGCGUUCUCCGGCCCCCGGGUAUCUACGGCCCCGAAGAGCAGAGGCACCUGCCCCGUGUGGCGAGCCACAUCAAGAAAAGGCUGUUCAUGUUCCGAUUUGGGGACCGCAGAGCACAGAUGAACUGGGUCCAUGUGUGCAACCUGGUACAGGCACACGUGCUGGCAGCCGAGGGCCUGACUGCUGCUAAGGGCUUUGUGGCGAGUGGACAGGCCUACUACAUCAACGAUGGGGACAGCGUCAACCUCUUCGAGUGGAUGGCCCCGCUGUUUGAGAAGCUGGGGUACAGCCCGCCCUGGAUCCAGGUGCCCACUUCUUUGGUUUACAUGACAGCCACGCUGAUGGAGUAUCUGCACCUGGCCCUCAGGCCCCUCUGCAGCAUCCCACCGCUGCUCACCCGCAGUGAGGUGCGCAGCGUGGCCGUGACGCACACCUUCCAGAUCGCCAAGGCCCGCGCUCAACUCGGCUACGCACCGGACAAGUUCACCUUCGCCGAAGCCGUGGAGCGCUACGUGCAGGCCACGUCCAGCCGGCCCCGCGGCUCCACGGCGCGGACGCUCCUGCGGCUGCUGCUCGGACUGUUCCUGCUCCUGGUCCUGCUGGGCCUGGCCCUGCACCUCCUGAAACUGCAGCCCCUGGGGGCCGCCCGGGAGCGCCGCUGA